AUUUCUUGAUCCUCCGUCUUUGCGUUGUGAUAUAAUCACCACAUUUGAGCAAUCAUGGCCGAUGCUCAAGUAGGAGCUCUGCAAGCCAAGCUUCAGACUUCUACCAUCGCCUUUCAGAAGAUAGAACAGGAAUUAUCAACAGUCAUUGAAGCUCGACAACGCCUGGAUUCCCAACUGUCCGAAAAUGAACAGGUCCUCAAGGAGUUCGCCUCCUUGAAAUCUCAUAACACAGUCUACAAGCUGGUAGGACCUUCUCUGAUGCCGCAAGACUCUGCCGAAGCAAAGCAGAACGUUGAGAAGCGUUUGGAUUACAUUCGCAAUGAGAUCUCUAGGGUCGAGGCGCAGCUGAAGGAAGUGCAGGAUCGAGCGACGAAAAAGAAGGAGGAGAUCAUCGCGUUGCAGCAGCAGUUCCAGAGUCUCCAGGGGCCGUCAGCGGCUGCGGGGCGGCCCGUCUCAGCAUAGAAUCACCAGACGAUGCAUGUGUACAAUA